GUGUCUCUCUGUGUCUCACGCUCUGGUCCUUGUCUGUGUCUUGGUCCAGGAGAGCUGCAGAAAGUGUCACGUCCAGUGGAAGCAGCAUGUGGGGAAGACGUGUGAGCAGGUCCUGGAGAGGGACGAGAUCCGCAUGAGGGUCCUGUUCGAGGAGCGAAUGACGGCGGCUCGGGUCAGGAAGUGUGUGAAGUGCGGGACAGGACUGGUGAAGUCAGAGGGCUGCAACAGGAUGUCGUGCCGCUGUGGCAGCUUCAUGUGUUACCUCUGCAGAGAGCCAAUCACCGGAUACAACCACUUCUGUCAGCACGCACGCUCGCCCGGCGCUCCCUGCCGUCACUGCCGCAAGUGCUCGCUGUGGACGGACCCAACGCAAGACGAUGAGCGGAUCAUUCAGGAGAUCCAGAAGGAGGGCGAGGCGGAGCUGAAUAAGAAGAGUGCAGAUCAAUCAGGGAAGAGGGUCGGCCCUCCACCGGAGCCGCUCACUGAAGCCAAACGGCCUCGCGUUGGUCCGCCCCCCGAAAACCCAGCGAACCCUCCGGCCCCUCCGCACCCUCAGGCGGUACAAGCCCCCCUGUUUGUGCCGCCCCGUGCUCGCUACCCACCCGGUCCAGCCCAGGGCCGGAUGUACCAGCACGUGAUCAUGCACCGGCUGCCCCCGGCCCCCUACGUGCCCCCCCUGCAGCCACUGCCCAUCCUCAACAACAACAACAACAACAACCAUCAUCAUCUUCAUCUCCACAACAACAACAACGCUCCGGGCAACCCACACAACCCACACAACCCACACAACAUAGACGUGAUGGACCUGCCCAUGCACUACGGACCUGCACAGCGCUACUACAGACACUUCUAACACACACACACACACACACACACACACACACACACACACACACUCACACACACCUUUGGACUUUGCCUUUCCCGCUGUCCCGGGACUUUGGUGUGGACGUGGAUCUGUGUUCCUCUCUUGUGGUCGGGCUGAGCGGAUGAACGCUUUAGAAACUUUAUUUCUGUUUAAAAAAUAUUUUUGAGAACAAGUUUGAAAACAAAGUGACCAUUCCUUCUUUGUGUUUAAGACGUUUUCUAAUAAAGCUACAAGUAUCUCCUGAAA